GCCACUUUCAAAUAGGAACCGUGUUUUUUUCCACACCUAGCACGAUUGCCGCGGAACGAUGACACAGCUUACUCACGGAGACUUCAAAGAGUUUUUCUCAAGCGCGGGAAAUAAGUUUGGCGCCAUAAAAACCCUACUGCUAAAAUCAAGUGAGAUCCGAGAAUUCUCACUCAGCCAAACUUCACUCUCAUCAAUCUAAAGGCAGCCGCUAAAACAAUUAAUCUCUUUGAUCACUAAGAAUCCUAAUUCGGACGACCUUGAAAUCCAGGAUACAGACGAAGUUUGGCAUUGAAAUGGAAGGAUUAUCUGCUAUCUGCGCCGGUCUUGGAGCAAUUGAGGAAGACGAAAAUGACAAUCGUAUCGGCUAUGCAACAGGAGAGCACUGCUCAGAUAAUUUGAAGGAUUUGCUAAGGUUUCUGAGGAGAGAUGACCCACAAACAAGAGAAGUGUUCAAGCAAGUGUGUAAAUGGAACAUUGUGGGGAAAGAUUUGCUCCCCAUCAUUGAGUAUUGCCUUGAAGAUCGAAAUUUGGUUUUAAGUGCGGUAAAGGUCUUGGUAUUUCUAACCAUGCCAAUUGAGCCAUCAUCAAUGGACAUACCCCAGCAGAUGGAAGACCUUUGGGGGAUAAAGUCUUCCAUUACUCUCAGUGAUGUUGUGCCAGUUAUCAUGUCUCUCUUGGAAAGCCCUUUAGAAAAUCUUGAACGUGAGUCCUUCACUGAAGAUGACUGGAAACUUGUUCAACUGGUGGUUACAUUGUUUCGCAACAUUUUGGCUAUUCAAGAUAUAUCACCACAUCAAAAAGCUGGGGCAUCUGCCUCACAAUUUCUGUUCCUAAGAGACAAAUUUCUGGAACUUUUAUUUCGAGAAAAUGUGAUGGAUGUGAUCUUAGUCUUGUCACAGCACAUGGGUGGGACAUGUAGAUAUCUCCAUCAUGAUAAACUUCUCUUGCUGGAGAUAUUUUAUUUCAUAUUUAUGGGCCAAGAACCAGAGUUGAUUAUAAAAGCUUAUUCAAAGUCUUCACAGGUGGAUGAAGUUGUUGAAAGUUCUGUUAACAGCCUCAGAGAGAUAAUGGCAGAGGAACAUGAAAAAAGAAGGCUUCUCCGUCAACGAAAUUUAGUUUGCUAUUCUCAGUUCAGUGGAACAUUCACACGGCUUACUGCGGAUGGCUCAAAAACAUUAUUGAAAGGGAAUCCUUCGGUUUCUCAUGAAGCCCGACUUAAAGCUCAUAAAAAUAACCGAGGUCCAAUUAAAAGAACAGCGUGGGACCAUGUAAGAUUACCAUCAACCACGAAUAAGAUCUUGGAGUUGCUGUAUGAUUUUAUUAACCAGUUUUUAGAGGGGGGAUAUAAUGUUUUGAUGCACUCUGUGAGGGAAGAUAUUGAGAAAGAACACCACUCAAUCCAGAACAGUGAUGUUCUUAUAUUCAUUCAAGUUGCACAAUUUGUUAUUUCUUUUCAGUACCACAAAUUCUUGAACAAGCAGCAUAAUACUGGAGCUCAUACUGAAUCACCAGUCAAUUGUGAUUCUGAUGAUACUUUGCUUCGGGGAUCUAUAUGUGGUCCAAUUGCUGAAUCACUAAAUGAGUCAAUGUUCCAGCUGGUUACUCAUAAAUGGCGAUAUGCAUUUCACACUCUGAAGGAAACAAAUGACUAUAAAUUUCUUUCUACAGCCGGAUCCUUCAUGAAAACUAUGCUUCUUAUGUUGGAUUUGGUCCUGAAGCAGUCUCCCGAAGAUUCCAAGGAAAACCAAACUACUCGCAUCCUUCUGUACAAGUUAUUCUAUGACCAAACUGAAGAAGGAAUGACUCAGUUUAUCUUGAACCAGAUCAAAUCAUUUGAUAAUAACAAGCAAAAAAAAAGUUACCUUGCUGAUUUGUUAGAAACUAUGAGUAUUGUUCUGCAGCUAAUGGAGAGGCUUCAAGCAUGUGGCAUGUUAAGGGUUUCAAAGAAGCUAAGGAAGAGGCAAAAGAAAAAAGCAACAAUGGAUGGCAAGAAAGUAAAUGAUGGCAACACAUUUCCAGAUGCAACUACAGUUCAAAAUGAUCAAGAAGUAUCUGAGUUAUCUGACUGCAAAAGGAGAACAUCUUUGGAUCAUGUCAUGCAAGGAGAUAAUGCCAUUCCAUCUGAGGUUGAUGAACCUACUGUAUUGGGUGCGGACAAAAGAAAGAUUGAUGAAACAGUUGCAGAUUCUAAUGCCGUUCAGAAUGAUAUUGAUGGCUUGAGCAAUGAGAGACCAGUGAAUAUUGAUACUUUGAAUGUUGAUGAUGAAUCAUCAGAACAAAAGAAUACAAAUGAAACUUUCAGUGAUUUUAAUAACGGAACAAAUGAUUGUUCUGGUGAGGAGGAGGGUGAUGAUGAUGAUGGGAUGAGAGGGGAAGUUGACCUGAAAGUGUCUGCUUUAGUUUCUGCAAUAGCAAGCAAUUCUGUUGUGCACAAUUUCUGUUGGCUGUUGAAGUUCUAUAAGACAAACUCUGCUAUUACAAAUAAUUCUAUCAUUCACAUGCUGCAGAGGAUCUGUAAUGAUUUGGAACUUUCUCCUAUGCUGUAUCAGUUAUCUCUCCUCACAAUAUUCUAUGAUAUUCUAGAGGAGCAGAAGCUAAAGCCUUGCAAAGAGUAUGAGAGUAUUGUCCUUUUCCUUACAACUCUGGUCAGAAGAAUGCUGAGGAAAAUGAAGAGUUAUCCCCUUCUUUUCAUAGAAGUUCUCUUUUGGAAAACACGCAAAGAAUGCUGCUAUAUCAAUUGUGAAUCUAUGCUUAAUGAUCUCUCCAGUCUGAGGAAAAGCAGCAAAGGUUGGAGUUCUUUUGGUGAAAGCGAUCUUCCUUCAUCUGACCGGCAAGGAUGGCCACACAGAAGUAUAGCUGAUGCACUUGGUGAUGACGAAGCUGACUUUGUAUUCUCACAUGAAGAUUCUGUAAGAGAUAAGACAUGGGGCACUGAAGGAAGCAGAAAUCAAGAUUUUAAUGAAGAGGAUGGACAUAAUUUCCAAUACGUCUCAGAUGUUGAAAUUUGUGCAGAUGAAAACUUUGGCAAAGAGGAUCACUGUGUUGACAAAGAGAUUGGGAGGGUACCAAAAAGAAGAAAACUAUCAGUCCUUGGCUAUGAAUUGAAAGAAAAAGUCAAGGAACUUUAUGAGAAGUAUAAAGAUCAACAGCAUUGUGACCGCCUCAUUGCUGAAGCCCUCGAUCCAAAUGGGAAGGUUUUACCACUUCAGGUAUCCAGAGCACUUAAACAUCUUGGAUUAAAGAUUCCACGAAGGAAGAGAAUACCAAGUAGUGCAAGUGCUCCCAAUCAAUUUGGGGAUUUAGCAAGCAUGUCAGAUGGGAACAUUGGGGAGAAAGAAUCUUCAGUAAGAAGGUCUAUACACAAUAGAAAGAGGGUGCAAGCAUUUAGUGAAGAACAGGAGCAGAAAAUCAAAGCUUUGUUUGAGCAGUAUAAAGAUCAAAAGAGGUGCAGUCAGAUGAUAGCUGAUGCAUUGGGCUCUGAAGGAACUUUCUCAGCAGCAAAGAUUUCGCGUAAACUUAAACAACUAGGUCUGUUUGUUCCUAAAAAGAGGAAGUCUAGUUCCAACUUACAUUUGAGGGAUGAAGCUAUUACUGACAAAUCAGAUGAUGAAACUUUACUGUCAAUGAAAACAAGGAGCAAGAAACAGCUCAAGGGAGAUGCUCAUGAAGAAAGACAAUAUGAACCUGAUGAUGAUGAAGAACUUCUGUGUAAAGUUGUAAAGAAAAUGAGGAAGAAAAGUGCAGAUAACUACACAAAAAAUUCUACGGGAGAAGACUUCGCAAAUAUUGCUAAUGAUAAAUCAAGCAGGGUAGAAUAUGAAGAAAACAUCAAGACUGGAGUCGAUGGAUCAAGCAGUGAGAAUGAAUCACAGCUUUUGGAGGUUAUCCACGAGAGGUUGGAUGAUGACGUUGAGGGUGAUGAUGUUCCCACUGCAUCAUCAAACAAGAACGCUGAAGGAUCAAGAAAAAGACGAUUCAGGAUGGCAAUGAUCGAUUUGGACGAGGAAGAAUGAUGAAAUUCAAGGAUGUUUUUGUGUCCACCCUGCAAGUAUCAUUUCAUGUCUUGCAAAUUUUCAUGUUCCUGGAACAUUUAUUAGAAGUCCAUGAAAGCGUCUUCUUUAUCUGGGUAUGAAGUUCUAAGUAGAUUCUUUAUAGCUGUAAUAUAAUGUUUAUUAAUUUAAAAUUUAUUAAUUUAAUAACAUUGUAAUUAUUAAAUGGCCUUGAGCUGCUGUUUGCCUUUAAGUUUUCUAUUACAACUGAAUUCAGAAUCAAAGAGAAAUGAGACGGGCAAAUCUGUGUUGAAGUCUAUUCAGGAUCUAGCCUUGCCGCCC